ACUUCCCCUCUCUACCAGAGCAUUUCUCCGUCAUCCCCUUAACAAUGGCUUCCUCCAUCCGAUGCUCUCUUCUCUUCUCUCUCCUCUUCUUCUUCGCCGCGGCCGCUCCCUCUCUCCAGCAAUCGUUUCGCCCCAAGGCCCUCGUGCUGCCGGUCUCGAAAGAUGCUUCUACCCUCCAAUACCUAACACGGAUCUCCCAAAGGACCCCCCUCGUCCCCGUCGACCUCGUCGUUGACCUCGGCGGCCAGUUCCUCUGGGUCGACUGCGAGCAGAACUACGUCUCCUCGACGUACCGCCCUGCCCGUUGUGGCUCGGCCGUGUGCUCACUCGCCCGUGCCAGCGGGUGUGGCGAUUGCUCCUCUGCUGCCAGGCCUGGCUGCAACAACAACACUUGCGGCGUCAUCCCGGAUAACACCGUCACGCACACCGCCACCGGAGGCGAGGUCGCGACUGACUUAGUUUCGGUAAACUCCACUGAUGGAUCCAACCCGGGCCGGGCCGUCAAUGUCACCCGGUUCGUCUUUGCUUGUGCCCCGAGCUCUCUCUUAGAUGGCCUGGCUAAAGGCGUUGAAGGAAUGGCUGGCCUAGGAAGGACCAGGAUCGCUCUGCCCUCGCAGUUCGCCUCUGCCUUCAGCUUCGACCGGAAAUUUGCCAUCUGCCUCUCGUCGUCUACCACAUCCAAUGGUGUGAUCUUCUUUGGCAACAGCUCCUACAAUCUCCUCCCCAACAUCGACGCUUCGCAAUCGCUCGCGUACACGCCGCUAUACCUCAACCCUGUGAGCACGGCCUCGGCAUAUUCCCAGGGCGAGCCCUCAUCGGAGUACUUCAUCGGAGUGACCUCCAUCAGGGUCGGCGACAGAAACUUAUCCCUAAACUCGACCCUCCUCUCGAUCGACGGCAACGGCUAUGGCGGCACCAAGAUCAGUACCAUCGAUCCCUACACAGUCCUUGAGUCCUCCAUAUUCGCCACGCUCACCGAGGCCUUCGUCGAGGAAGUCACGGCGAUGAACAUCACUAGGGCAUCGGCCGUAUCGCCGUUUGAGUACUGCUUCAGCUCGGCGAACAUACUGAGCACGCGCGUUGGGCCGGCAGUGCCGUACAUCUACUUGGUCUUGCAGAGCGACCAGGUCGUGUGGACGAUCACAGGGUCGAACUCGAUGGUGCAGGUGAGCCAGGACGUGCUGUGCCUAGGGUUCGUGGACGGAGGGUCAAGCCCGAGGACGUCGGUCGUGAUCGGAGGGUACCAGUUGCAGGACAACUUGGUGCAGAUCGACCUGGCGAGAUCGAGGCUUGGGUUCAGCUCGACUCUGCUGGGAAGGCAGACUACGUGCGCCAAUUUUAACUUCACCAGCAAUGCAUGAAAAUUACUAUGAGAUUCGAAUUGGUUGGCGCAUUAUAUUGCACGCGAGUUUAAUUAUCUACUUGGAAUAAACGUCCUCGGGAAAUAUAAUAUGCAAUAAAUUGGCCCGAAAAAUGUUUCUUGGGUUUCUUUUUCUUUUUCUUGUUUUUUGGUUUUUUAAAUGGGUGAGAUCGCUCUUGUAAAGAUACUUGAACAUCAAGGAGUGAAAAUUUUAUAAUA